ACGAGAAUGCGCAUGGAUGCCCGUGCGACGGUGUGGAGCAGUAGAAGUUGAUGAAGAGACUAUUGGCCAUCAAAUAUUCAUAUUUAAGCGCGUCUCUUAAAUUAAACUGCAAAUAGGUCUCCAUUAAGUCUUUUCUCUGUUGGGGGCCGAUCAGACUCACUGACUGAUGGAAAUAGAGAAGAGGAAAAAGGGGAAAUCUCUUCGCUCAAGCAGAAGCACCACGCACUGGCGGGGCAACAUUUAGCGUCUUUUUUUUUUUCCGGGUGAAAUAUAGAGUUUUUUUGUUUGUUUGUUUGUUUUUCGUCAAUUGAUGGACUAUGUAGUUAGUGUUUACAUUUGCAAGUAGUAUGCUAUUGAGUCCGAUAUGUCUAAUGUGACGCCGAGCAAAAGCGUGGAAUGGCUGCAACUCGAGUUAGAGUCCGGAGGCACUUCUCUCCUCCUGCUGGACUGCCGUUCACAUGAGCUUUAUGAAUCAUCCCACAUAGAGACCGCCAUAAACCUGGCCAUUCCGGGACUGAUGCUCCGGAGGUUCAAAAAGGGCAACAUACCAAUCCGGGCUAUCAUUCCCAACCACGAGGAUAAGGAGAAGUUCAUAAGACGGUGCAAGACGGACACGGUCCUCCUGUACGAUGAGUGCUCCGUGGACUGGCAGGACAGCGGGGCUCCGACGUCGGUUUUGGGUUUACUUCUUCAAAAACUGUGGGAAGACGGCUGUAAAGCGUAUUACCUGGAAGGUGGGUUUGUAAAGUUCCACACAGAGUACCCAGAGCACUGUGAGACUCUCUUGGACAGCUCCUGUCCCAGCUCCUCUCCGCCAGUGUCUGUCUUGGGCUUUGGAAAUCUCCGAAUCAGCUCAGAUUGUUCCGACGGAGAGUCUGAUCGCGAGCCCACCAGUGCCACAGAGUCUGAAGAGAGCCCCAUCUCCAGCAAUCAGCCUGCCUUCCCUGUCCAAAUCCUACCCUACCUUUAUCUGGGCUGUGCCAAAGACUCCACUAACCUAGAUGUGCUGGGCCAGUACAACAUCAAGUACAUCUUGAACGUUACACCCAAUCUCCCCAACAUGUUUGAGCACGAUGGACACUUCCGGUACAAACAGAUUCCCAUUUCGGACCACUGGAGUCAGAACCUGUCCCAGUUCUUUCCAGAGGCAAUAUCAUUUAUAGAUGAGGCUAGAUCAAAGCAAUGCGGUAUCCUGGUCCACUGCCUGGCCGGCAUCAGCCGCUCAGUCACCGUCACUGUGGCCUACCUGAUGCAGAGACUCAACCUCUCGCUGAAUGACGCUUACGACUUUGUCAAGAGGAAGAAGUCCAACAUUUCACCAAACUUCAACUUCAUGGGUCAGCUCUUGGAUUUUGAGAGGACUCUGGGGCUGCACAGUCCCUGUGAUAACCGUUCUACUAACGAGGAGCAGCUCUUUUUCACCACACCAACCAAUCACAAUGUCUUUCAGCUAGAGUCGACAUGAGGAGUGAUAGUACAGCUUUUUGUUUUUUUUUUUCUUUUUUGUGGUUUCCUGAGGUGUCUCUGAGGUUUUCUGAGCCUGUCAGAUGCCUAACUGGCUGACACAAGCAGUACGUCAGUUACAGUAUUUCUGCACCAAAAGGAACUACCCACAUAUGCAGAAACAAUACUCUGUUAGAUCCGGUCUGAAUGCCUUAAUAUCUAACACAAGGAUAAAAUUUGGUAUCUGACAUACAUGGCAUUAAUGUACGGUCAUGUACAGCCAGAAUAACAGGACAUUUCAUAACUUUUCUGUAAACUCUAGCAUUGUUGUUUGACUGUUAUUUUGCUAUUCACCAGCUGUGCAAUGGAAGUUUCUGUAUUUGUAUCAGUUAUGAACAUUGCCUUGAUGGUCUAAAACAGGGAUCCUCAAAUCCAGGCCUCGAGGUGUCCGGUGUCCUGCAGCUUUUAGAUGUCUGUGC